AUGGACGAUGCCCUUGAAGAACUAGAGAGUGCUGCUACUGCUCAGUUGCUAGCGGUAAAGACGGAAGACCGAAGGCGUGCGGAGGCAAAAAUCUUGCAAUUCCGUUCUCAUCCGGAACCUUACGAAUUAUGUACAGUUAUUUUGUCUCGUUCCAGCAAUGAUUGUCUGCUUUAUGAAGCGGGUCGAUGCUUGUCUCAUGCGAUAGUUCGAGAGUGGAACUCAGUCUUCGCUUCUUCAUGGGAGAGUAUAAAUAACUGCAAAGCCUUACAACUUCUCACUUUCAUAUUGGAAUGGUCACAAAACCGGGGAUUUGAGUGUGGCCCUGCUGCCCGUCAGCGUAUUUUGACUGCUGCUGGAACGCUCGUUAAAAGAGCUUCAGCAGCUCAUGCUGAAAAAUUUGCUGCUGCCUGGCGUUCAACAAAGUGUGAUUCAAAUGUCUUACACAAGCUUGGUUUAGGAUCACGGAUUCUUAUCACUCCACCAGAUGAUCCUGGACCACCUUGUUGGUUACUCAUUAAGUUGAUCGAACACAUUGAAGAGUUAAUUCAACCUCUCACUCAGACAGAUAUAUCUGGGAUAAUCAGUGACCAGGAUCCCCUUCUCAAACGAGGCUUAUUGGGUUUAUAUAUCCUGUCUGCAUUAUUAGAUGAAUUCUCUUAUUCCGAAGACAGUGCACAGUUAAAUUUGCCAUUGGAAGCACAUGUUUUCCUUCGUGCUAGAUUUCAGGAUUAUGAACUUGCUAGACUUUUCGAAAACUUACUUUGUCUGACUAACCAAGUCUUAAUGAGUUGGUCUUCCCUGGAUUGUUCAUCACUCAAUCUUGGACAAAGUGAAGUUGUCUUCAGACUAAUUAGCUGCCUGGAUAUAAUUACCAGUUGGGAUUUUUUACCACGUGAACUCGUCGGUUUUCAUGCUAACCGAAUAAGACAUUCUGACCAUGAAGCUCGUUUUCGUCCAAGUGCUAAAUGGGGUAAUAUUUUGGGAUCAGAAGCAUUCCCAAGGACUCUCCUACUCUUUAUUAAGUUACACACUUGGGUUCGUGGUUCAGACCUACUGGGUACACGUACGUUGUCAUCUUUGGUACGCUUUUCCUCAAUGUCAGGUCCCCUUAUCCAUCCAAUCUCGUCUUCUUUGACAUGUUUAACUGGCAAUUCAUCCCACAACAAUGGAGAUUUAUUAUCAUUUCGUGAUCAAAAUCAUUCAUUUGGUUCACCGAGUACCAUGCACUUCCUUAUACUUAUCGAAAAUUUAAACUGUUGGCUGGGUGAAGGGAAUCUGAAAGAAAACUCAACACGGGUUUCAGUUGAGUCACUUAUCGACCAAGUGCCGGGAAUACGUGAUGAAAUAUCCAGUCGAAUAGCAAAUAUUGAGGCAAUUCCAAAAAUAACGUUGGAGAAUUUAAUUCCGUAUGAGUUGCCUGUCUUGUCAGAGUUGAUUCUAAAUAUCGUGUUGAGUAGCUCACAUGCAUGGGAACCUGUCGAACGUGUUCUUUCGCUACCAAGAGUUAGUUCUCUGGAAGGCUUAUCAAAGGAGACACGUCAACUUAUGUUUCAUAUGGGUUUGAUCAGUUUGUGGGUGAUGGAUAAGUUUUCCGCUCUUCUUUGUUCUCUGUUAAUACAAUGUAUGCACAUACUGGCCGCGAGUUCUACAGAACCGGAUGGUGAUGGUCAGUUAGCUCAUGAAGCUGUUGAACGUCUUUUCAAUAGUUGGAGUGAUUUUGUUGAUUUGAUUCCAUCAUCUUCAACCGAUCAAUCAUUUUCUCAAAGACACAAUAUACCAAAGGACUGUGGUUCUGACGACACUUCACCUCUACCGUUGACUACCGGUGAAGUACAGAACGCUGAUCAGUUGGCUGAGCAAAUAAAAAGCCUCCUGAGGAUGUUGAGGAGUAGUAAUAGUGUACGACAGUCUCAGUUAUUUCAAAUUUUUCUUGCAUCAAAAAUGGCUCAGCCGGUUGGAUUACGUCGAAUUUCCGCCAACGAUGAUAAUGAAGAGAUAAAUCUUGAGUUAGAUGAAGACGAUAUGACUGCAUCAGAGGAUAGUUUGUUCACUGCGGGUUCAUGUGGUUUAGCUAAUGCAGAAGAAUCAGUCACUGCACUUGUUCGCUUGUUAAAUGAACGUGUUACUCAGUUAGUCCAUUUACAAAACUGUGAAUUUGAUGCAUCAGUCAACUUGUUCGAAGAUCUUCAUUGGCUUUUAUUGAUUACUGGACAUGUCUUGGUAUCUGGUCCUGCGUCACUGACUAGUGUAUUACGAAUCGGUUGUCCUUGGGAUACACAGUUUUCUAUUCCUUACCAAAUCUUAUAUUUAGGUUCCAACGAUACAGUUGACACGGCCAAAAGUCGUCGCCUAAUUUUGUUGUCUGUUUCUCAAACUCCUGACCUUGGUGUUAACUGGUCUCCUGAGAAUUUGUCAUACAAUCAUAUUCCUCCUCUUGUAAUCUUAUUGUGUUCACUCUUUCGUCUGCUUUGGUUACAAGUGGCUUAUGCUGUUGGAAGUGCUCAGUUAGUUGCAGAUAAUUUCUGGCUAGUAACUCGUUUGGCAGCCACAUAUUUUUGUCAUAAUGUUGUCGAUAGAGAUACACUAAUGUCUAACAUUUCUCGAUCCCCAAUCCUGACAAUAUUACAAGCUGAUUCAACACAGCCACCACCAGCACAUCAAGGUUUACUGACAAAUCAAACCUCCUCACAGGAAAAUAAACUGUCUGAUGGGAAAGAAAAUCUCUCUCCAGAAGGUAGUGAAGAUACAAACCGAGCAUGCAUUCAAGGUUUACUUAUGUGUGCCCGUUUAGCGUUAGAUAAAUGGUCCCAUGAACCUCAGGUUCUUAUUGGAUUAACUCGACUAUUGAGUGUGCUAAGUGUGCAUUCGCCUAAUCCGUCAUCAAACUUGGCGUGUUCAGCAUGGUACGAUAUAUGCACAAUUGUCUGUGGUCCUCGAGCUUCAGAACAUGCGUGGCCUAAUUUACCAACUGAUAGCUUGAUUCAGUUAGUUGAAGCCUGUUUAUGUGGUAGUUGGGCGAUUGACAAAGCUCGUCUUUCUUCGGUAUUGUCUCAGCAGCACCAAACGCAUCAGGAGACUGACACGUUGUUACUUCAGAUGCUUCGUGAGAUUCGGGAACAUGUUCUUCAUGUCAUCAAUAAUGUUUCAGGUGAUGGUGUUUCAUUUGGUUCACCUCAAAAUGCCUUGGCUAUAGAUGUUUUGGUUAACUGUACUUCAGUAUUAAGAGGUGUAGCACGUGCCAUAGGAUCAUUUGCAUCUAACAGCGAAGCAGUAACAGAUUUGAUUUCUUUGGUCUGGAAUGGACUUUUGGGUCCGUUUCUCUCACAUGGAGCAAGUUAUUUGGUGCUGAAAUGUCACAGUUACACGGAGGCAGUGCAAGCUUUAUUCUCUUUGUUCUCAGAUGUAGCAGAUUCCUGUUUAAUUUAUUUGGCUAGUCUACCAUCAUCAUCUUUAGAUGAUUCCACAAGUGCACAUUCGUCACAGGUGGAUAAAAAUGUGAAUGGAUCUACUGCUGUCUAUGCGUCUAGCUCAUUUUUAAAUUGGAUAGUUAUUCUAUGUAAACACUAUACAAAGAACAAUGAAGGUAAGGUGAAUUGUGAAGCAACCGCUGAAGAUGAUCACAUUCAAGAGCUUCGUCUUUUACUCAACCUCUUGAAUCGUGUUCUGUAUCAUGAAUUUGAAUUGAGACUGAGUGGAGCUAUCGUGAUGUCACGUGAAGGUGAUGAACUUGUCAUACAACCGGACUCUAUAAAUUCCCAGGAGGCAGCAAAUAGUACUAUUCCAACGGUUGAUGCAGCUGUCAUUGGGUUAGGACAUUUGCUGCCGCUGAUCACGGAGUCUAUUUUAACUAUACCAGAAUUAUGUCAAGCUUUUUAUUCACUAGCAUCCUAUGCAUGCGAAUUACGCGCUCAGGGUUUUAUUCGGCUUACGGACCAUCAACUAUCUUGUUUUGGACGUCUUCUUCGGUUCGGAAUAUUCGGUUUGAAUAUUGGUCCAGCAGAUCAGGUGAAAUCUUCGUCUACAGGGGAAUCUUCGUCAUGUGCUGUGGGGUGUGUAGAUAAUUCGGUGAUUCAGCAGUGUUUAGAUAUUGUUAUAUCACUGACUGAUUAUUUCUUGGAGGUUAGAUCGCGUUCUCAAUCGGGUAAUACGGAGGAGCUACAAAACGCAGUUCGUCUUAUCAGCGUCAUCGGCUUGGAAACACAGUUUCUGUCUGAUCUAUUCACCUUGCUAACACGAGAAAGUUAUUCGGUUAGCCUAGAAGCUUCAUUUUCAUCAGCAUUGCUCAAUUUAAUUCAUCUUAAUCCGACAGCAUAUUUACAACUUAUUCAUCAAUGGAUCAAUGAAUGUGGGAAUCCUGUUAUUCAAACUCGCUUAAAUGAUGCUUUUGAGCAUUUGGGUAGUUCAUAUAAUGAAGAGCGACAAAGAAGUAUGCAGUCAACUGAUCAUACUUUCACUAAGUACACAGCAUGUUUUCAUGAAAAUAAACCAACUCGUUCAGCUAGGUCAGAAUUCCAACAACGAUUUCAUUUGUUUGUUGCUGAAAUGCGUUCAUUCAUAUGUUUUGUAUAA